AUGACCCCUGGUCCUCCCCACAUAGAGGGAAGUAGAUCUGCACUCUUGACAGAUGGUCCACAAUCGAAGAAAAAUCGACCGAAUGCUAAAACAGUUACAGACUUUUCCGGGCUUUUAACAAUUCAACUACCUAAUCCAAAAUAUGUUGUUGUUGCCUCUACCAACGAUCUAAAACCUUUGUCUGAGUUCUCUUGUUUUGCAGUGCAAAAAGCUCUACACAUUAUAUCGAUUUCUGAACUAAGAGAUGGUAACCUGUUGUUGCUAGUCAAAGAUAUGGCUACUGCUCAAAAGUUUAUAUCAGCUAAAUAUCUCUUAAUGAUUUGUCUAAUCAAAUGUUUUCUUCAUAAGCAAUUGAACACAACAACAGGAACUGUAUACGCGCUUGUUGGGCGCUACAAGUUCCUUAAAAUGAUCGAAGGCCAGUCCCAUCCAAGCGGAGUGGUUUUGCUACCUUUUAACACAUUUAAUUUGCCCGAAAAAAUUGAAAUCUCUUGGAGUUCCGUUGAUGUGCGUUAG